UCUGUUUUUAAUUUUCGGGAAAGUAAAGAAAUCGUUAGGACUUAGAUCGGGACUAUAUGGAGGAUGGUCCAAUAAUUCCUCGUUUUCUUCCGUUAAAUACUGCCUUGUUUUUUGGGCUGUGUGCGAGCUUGCAUUGUCUUGGUGGAAGAUGAUUCUUCUUUCCGGUUCCAUUUUUCUAAUGACUUAAAAAUUCACUGUAGUGAGAACACUGCACGUAUUGUUAUGAAACCUUGAAU